GCCUCAGUUAGCCGAUCGAGCCAGGGAGUUCCUUUAUUUAUCUUUUCCUUGACCAAACAAAAGUUCAAACAUUCGACUACAAUCCCAUUCAAUUACAUGACGAAAUAGUAUGCAUGAUCGAUAUGCAUUAGAAUAGUGCCUCAAUAGUGCACAGAAUAUGAAGGACAACGUUUAGGUAUCUCUCAAAUUGGGUCAUUCGUGAAUUCAAUGAUAGGGGCGCGGCGCCUAAUGAUAAUUCCGUAAUAUUAUCUCUAAGACCCGGCUCUAAUUAACUUAAAAUGGAUGGACAAACGAGGCGUUUGAUGGGUUUGGAGGGAUUGUUCCUCAUCAUCUGCAUCUGCGUGGUUCAUUGUGAGUCGGUGAUCGUCGAUGUGAUAGAUGGAAGGCUGGUCGGUAAAACGAUUACUUUUGACCAAGAGUUCCUCGGAAUCACAACAAAUGUUGAUGUUUUCCUGGGCGUUCCGUUUGCCGAGCCACCAGUCCGAUUUGCAGCCCCUGUACCCAAGGCACCCUGGGAAGGGGAUUGGAAUGCUACAUACUUCAGGGAUACUUGCUCUAAUAAUGUCAUGAGAGAUCCACUUCAGAUGCAGGCCAGCGAAGAUUGUCUCUAUCUCAAUAUCUUCGCUCCAACUCCGAGGCCAACCAAUGCUGCAGUAAUGGUGUACUUCCCGGGAGGAGCAUUCAAGUUUGGUGGUGCUUCAAAUCCUCUCUAUGCAGGCAUCUCAUUGGCUGCUUCAUCUGAUGUCAUUGUCGUCACUGUUGGGUACAGAGUCGGAGUGUUUGGGGUAUUUACUACGGGUGAUGAAGUUGCUCCAGGAAAUUAUGCCAUGUUGGAUCAGGUUGGUGCUUUACAGUGGGUCCAUAGCAAUAUCGAAGCUUUUGGUGGUGAUAGGGAGAAGGUCACAAUUUUCGGGCAAAGUGCUGGUGCCGGGAGUGUUGGUUUCUUACUCCUCUCUAGACUCACUGCUGGAUUAUUUUCACAAGCCAUACUGCAGAGUGGUAGUGCCUUGUCUCCUCGCUACUUCCGCAAUGACCCCGCCGAAGAUCGCCGCGACGCAAUGGAAAUUGCUUCUGCCGUGGGAUGUCCUACUACAGAUGCUGUUGCCAUGGUUACAUGCCUUAGAUCUGUGGAUGAAAUGACUUUGCUGGAAGUGCAAGAUUCGGUCUAUGAUACUGGUUACUUCAUUCGUGUGGAUGGCAUCUUCCUGGAGGACACUCCCGAGAAUCUCCUGUACGGUGAAGACACCAUCCCCCAUCCUGCAGCCAUCAUGGCCGGAUUCAACAAUCAAGAAGGCACUGCCAGCGUGCGCUCCUUCUUCCCCGAGUACAGCAUCAGGGAAACGGGUCCUUUCAUCAAUCGUUCCAUGUUUAGGAGCAUGGUACAUAGCUCCCUCUUGGGUUCCGACAAGCAUUCCAUCGUCAGGCAGUCCAUCUAUCAGGAGUAUGUAGACUGGAGCCAGGCCGACUACAAUGAUCUGGACUAUUUGGAUGCCUAUGUGGCCUUCUACAGAGACUACAUCUGGGCUAGCGGUAGUGAUGCCGCUCUAAGACGUUAUUAUGAGUUAGGCGUUGAAAACGUCUACCAGUAUUAUUUUACUCAUACCCCGAGCAGUUCUUUUUAUCGUUCUGGGCCAGUCAAUCCAACAUGGCUCCAGGCUGGUCAUACGGAAGAGCUCCAGUUUGUAUUUGGAUGGUCAUUUGAUGAGAACAUCUUGGAGUACAAGCAUGAACUGACGGAUCAUGAGAAGACCCUGUCUGCUCAGAUGAUGAAGAUGUGGACCAACUUUGCUAAAUCUGGUGAUCCCACCCGGGAGUCGGCCGACUCUUCUCCUGAUCCCGAGCUACCUGCUUGGGCACCCUACACUAUCCCUGAGCGUCGUUACUUAGAAAUCAGAUUGAAUAACUCAACUACAGAGAGAGCUGUCCAAGCGAGUGGAAUGGCUUUCUGGAAUCGCUAUAUUCCUGAGCUGAGAAAGUUCAUAGAGGGUCUGUCUGACGAUGAAGAAGAAUGGCAAGAGCAGUUUGCUGACUGGCAGCACGGGAUGGACGAAUGGCGGCUUGCUUUUGAUGAAUAUCAGGCAAAACCUACCUGCCCAUAAACAUAAUAUUUCAUGGUUUUUGUGUAAUAGAAAUAGAAAUAAUAAUACAGGAUAAUUAUCUUUUUCACAUAUUUUAAAGGUGCUUAGGGCACUGCUAUAUUACCUUUGUAAAUAUAGGCUAUCAAUUUUGAUGUUCACAACUCAUUUUUGUAAAAAAUAGAUGUUAAGUGAAACAAUGUCAAUAGUACUUAUUCUUUGCCAAAAGAUUUUAAUCCUAGUUAAAUUCUUGUUUGAACCCCCCCCCCCUCCAGAAUGAAUUCAAAGCUUUUGCUCAAAAUUGUACUUAAAGGUAAAUGCUAGUUUUGGUAACGAUAUCAAAAUGAGUUCGUACAGAAUCCAAUGAAAUGACCACCAAAGUGUCUGUUUGUAUAAAUAAAACGCAUGUGCCAAAGGAUUCUGGAAGAAAUUGUGUAAUUGCUGAGAAAUCAGCAAAUAAGCACAGGAUUCGGGUAGAGCGUCGGGCCCGACGCUCAAAGCAAUAAUUAUACACUGUCCCACGUGCGCUUAUCUGUGUUGGGGAAGUUCAGUCUGAACAUUUUUCAGCGUAGAUUUCAAGAUUUCACAAAGUUCAGUUUAUGUAACUGUACCAGAUCUAGAUCCUCGAAGAUAUACUGACAAUUAAGCCUGGUUUUACAGACUUUCUCAUGAAAUCAGUGUUUACUGCAACUACUGGAAUUUCUCUUUAAAGGGCAAUUCCAUAAAGUAUGUCCCUCUAUAAGAGGGACCUUCCCAUGAUAAUUUUUCUUUGCUUUGUGUUGUCUUUUUUAAUAGUCAAAUCCUAAAGUCGAAAACAAAACAAACUUUAAUUUGAUCUCCAGAGAUCAAAGGUGUAUUUUAUGAAAGAUUCUCUUGGAUGUUUUAUCCGAUAGUUGACGUAUUAAAUGUGCUUCUCACUACAUCUCAGACAAUCAAAAUCAAUGAAAGUUGUCCGAUGUGAUAACUUGUCGGACAAAAAUAUUAAUGAAAUGCUCCCCUGACCUUGAAUUACCAGGGGCCUGUAACACAAAGCUUAGCAAUCAUUGUAGAAUAUUUUUCUGUGAUUGAUUGCAUUGAACUACAAUGUAGUCAGUCAUGAAAAUCGAUAAGUUGCUUUUAAACCUUUUGUGUUACGAGACCCUGGUGGUUGCUUCAUAAAGCUGUUCGCAAGUUAAGAGCGACUUUAAGAACAACUGGUGAUCCUCUCUUACAUGCUAAAUAAUCACCAAUGAACAUUUAAUGGUGAAUAUCAUUUACCACAAGGAUUACCAUUCGUUCUUAAAGUCACUCUUAGCUUACGAACAGCAUUAUGAAACGGCCCCCUGUAAGUUUACCACUUUCAAAUCAAUAUUUGACCUUUAGCUUUAAGGAUCUGGAAAUCAAUGGUAAUAAAUAUAAAUAGAACCAGAAUAAGCAGUUCAUACUUCAGUGAUAUUCAAAUAUGGUUUACAGUGCUUUUCAGAAAGUAAUCAAUCUAUUGAUAUUGAUAUGAUAUUGAAAUUGAUGUAUUUUAGAUUCUUGUCAUGACUUGUCUGUACUAUACAACUCACUCCAAACUUCUAAUCAAUGAUUAUCUUUGAUUGGAUGUGUGCAGUCACAUGUAAUUCAGUUUUUUUAGCCUAUGUCACAUUUCUUGUUUGUUUUGAAAAGCAUUCAAUAUUUUACAGUCCAAUCCAACGUCUCUUUCUCUAGCUCUCUCCCUCUCUUUUCGGAGUUGAGUGUUUGUGUCCGAGUGCUACGUUUGUGUGCUUCAUUAUACCAAGGACAUUUUUGCGCAUAUCAGUAGGCACAUUAAAUUGAAAUGACUGCGCAAUUACAUCCAUGAAUCAUUGCAUGUAUAAAUAAAGCAGACAGUUGCUUUCACAUGGGGGAAAGAAAUCCAUAGGGUGUGGCUCCUUUAUUUAUCUUUAUAUAGCAAAAUGGUUGUGAGACAUUAGCAUAUGAAGUAUGUAUUGCUACAUAAAACAAAUAAUGCACGUCUCAUGCAUGUCUUCAUUAUAGACUCCACCCACCCUUGUUGAGGCUGUGUUCAAGCCAUUGCACUCACCUUCAGAAAUUUGUCAAUUGGUUUGAACAGAGCCUAUACUUCAAUUUGAAUAUAUUGGCCAAUUUGUGUUCAAGCACCAUUUGUAUAGGGGAAGGCGGGGUAAGUUGAGCAUAGGGGCAAGUUGAGCCACCAGCCCCAGGCCAAAAAUGAAUGAGUCAGAUAUUAUGGUGGUGUCAUGUAUUGAUGACCCAUUACAUAACCUUUAACCCUACCACAUUGUUUUCACCUUUGAAACAAAAAGUACUUUUUUAGAGGGAAAAAUACAAAUUUCAGCCAAAAAAGUAAAAACGGGUGUGAAAUAGAUAAGUGUUUUUUACACACACACGUCUUUACAUAUAAUAAAGACAUAAGAACAAUAUUGUUAGUCCAGGUAUGGACCUUCAUUCUUGUCAUAGUCUUUUACAUGAUGAAUGCAUAAGAAAUGUGUGGAUGUGAAAUUAUUGCAUUAAGUUCGGACUGGGGUAAGUUGAGCCAGCCAACAUGGGGCAAGUUGAGCCAUGGUAAUUCUUAUGGUAAUGUAAAUAAAAAAACAAUCAAACCUUAAAAAUCCAUCGAUAUGCAGGCAGAAAAGAGCAAAUUCACAUGACAGUUCUUUUUACUUUUAGAGAAUGUUAGUAUUUAUAGAGAAUUAGCAAGUGAAAAGACUUUAAAUGAAAUAUUGACAUGCUGGUUCUUCUCUCAUUCAUUUUGUACAUGUAGUUUUUGUGGCUCAACUUACCCUAGAAGGUGGCACAACUUACCCCACAGAUGGGGCAAGUUGUGCCACUUGACAUCGUUUUUUUCAAAGGUCACAAAAACUUUCUGUGUGGGGGUAGAAAGUUGUAUAUAGGUGAAAAAGAUUUCCCAAGAAUCAUAUUUAAAGGCGAGGUACUUAUUUCUACAAUAUCAUUAGUCAUAUCAAUUCUAUCAUGCAAAAUGCAAAAAGUGUCUCAACUUACCCCGCCUUCCCCUACCUUUGUAUUUUUUAAAAUAAUUUGUAUCAUUUCAAAUGUAUUGAAGAGUGCCAAGGAUACUAAUCAGAUAAAAAUAUUUCUGAUUAAAAAAAAAGAGUGCUAAAGUUAACUGUGUCAAUCCUUUAUUCAUCUCUGAAAUAUAUAUACUAUCAUGCAGAGAUACAAAGAUUCUAUGGGACUUUUGCAUACAUUUAUUCAAUAUUUCAUCUGUGCCUUCGAGAUUUUAUGUGUGUGAACUUGACAGUACUAAUUUUGAAAAUGUGAAAAAAAAUAAAUAACAUUUUUGUUGUUUAGAAAUGAAUGUUAGAUGAAAACUUAAUACAUAGUAUUCAACAGAAGUGAGUACAAACCUCACAAAAAACCCACAAAAUUUUCAGUGCAACUCUUUACUUAACUAUUUUCUUUUAAAAACUCAAAACAAUAAAAGAAUAGUGAAUACAUAACAAUGUACAUCAUUUAAUAUGACAAUGUAGCAUUUAACCGAACGAGAGCUACAUACAAAGUUAUGGAUAAUAAUUGACAUAUCCAUUAGGGCUGUACUCACUUCUGUUAGAUAUUAUAUAUAUGAUAAAAUGUAUGGAAGUCCUGUAAAUGUAUUUCACUUUCAUUCUAUGAACAAAUGAGAGCAAUGUGACAUGUUUUUCUAAUAACUGGUCAAAUCAGCAUUAUUUUUUAUAUUACUACUUUAUAUAUUUUCAGCAUGUUUUUUCUAUUUUUCAAUAAAAAUGUUUCAGCGAUGAAA